UUUCACAAAAGAAACGACAUUGUUUAAAUUUGAUUAAGGUUAAACCAUACCGUUUGAAAUUUUAAUUUAUUCUUUUGAUUGGAACUCAAAUUGCAAUGGUGUUUGGGGUGAUUGAAUUAUUGAUUAUGUUGAGCUUUGAAGAGCCAGUGCAUCUAUGUUUGGCACUGAUUUUCUUCUGCAACUGACAAUGGUGAGCCCUGGGCUAUAGGAUCUGUAAGAACAGGAUGUAUCAUUUUUAUUUUUCUUCAUCUCAGAAAAUUUUGUUUUACCAGUUCUUAAGUUGCUGAGUCACUAUAACUUAGUGAAGCUGCCUUAACUUAAAGAUUUCUGCAAUUUUUACUUGCGCAGGAUGUUACAGUCAUUUUUCGGAGGAGGGGAGGAGAUGAUCUUGAACAAAACCAUAGCCAAUGGGCAAGAACUGUACGAUCCUCUCCGGAUGUCAUUGAAAUGUCAUUCUUUCCUAUCACCGCUCUUCUUGAUGGGGUAACUGGAAAGGAGCAUCUAACCCGUGCUAUAGGUCUCUACCUCGAAUACAAGCCCCAGAUUGAAGAGCUGAGAUACUUUUUAGAGUUUCAGAUCCCUCGUGUAUGGGCUCCUCUACAGGACAAGAUUCCUGGCUGCCAAAGAAAGGAACCUGUUUGCCCUUCUUUGCAGUUCAGCAUUAUGGGGCAAAAGCUUUAUGUCAGCCAAGAGCAGGUGUCGGUUGGACGUAAACCUGUAACAGGAUUACGAUUAUGUCUUGAAGGAGCCAAACGAAAUCGAUUAAGCAUACAUCUUCAACAUUUGGCAUCCCUUCCGAAAAUCCUUCAUCCACACUGGGAUACUGAUGUGGCAAUUGGUGCUCCAAAGUGGCAGGGACCGGAGGAGCAAGACAGCCGAUGGUUUGAGCCAGUAAAAUGGAAGAACUUCUCUCAUGUGAGCACUGCACCAAUUGAGAACCUUGAAACAUUCACAGGUGAAAACUCUGGUGUCUAUGUAGUCACGGGAGGGCAACUUGGAGUUUGGGAUUUUGGGUCGAGAAAUGUUUUAUACAUGAAGCUUUUGUAUUCUAGACUACCAGGCUGCACAAUAAGAAGAUCUUUAUGGGACCAUGCCCCAAAUGACAGGUCAAAACAAGUUCUCUCUUCCAUGAACUUGGGCGACUCAAGUUCAGGUACAAGAGAAAACAUUGUGGGCAACAAAUUGGUGAAGUUUGUUGACAUGUCUGAAAUGAACAAGGGGCCAGAAGAUCCUCCAGGUCAUUGGUUGGUUACCGGAGGAAAGCUUGGUGUGGAGAAAGGGAAGAUAGUUUUGAGGGUAAAAUACUCCCUACUGAACUAUUGAGUUAGGUUUAGUUUUAGGUAUUGACGCUGGUUCUCGCUGAGCAGAUGGUCUUUUCUGAACUGUAUGGAUUUGUGUUCAUCAUGCUUGUAAUCGAUUGCUGUUUGAUGAACUGGGUGAGGAUGUAAAUGAAGAUGGUUCCAGUUUUGGUUGCAAAUGCCAGGAAGUUUUAGAAAAUGUCUAAAUCUACUGUAUGUAAUGUCCUAGGUGGUGUUCCCGUCUGAACGUUAUGUUAUCGCCAUUCUAGAGUCUGCCGUCAAUUGCUAACUUGUAGAUGAGUUUGCUUACUUGAACUAAAGAUUUUGAUUUUUUUUUAAAAUAAAUAUUGACUGCUUAACUAA